UAGCGAUCGGAUCUUUCCUUCACUGUGUUCAAACAAUGCUUAUAGAAUACAUCGAAUGAUUCAGAACUAUCCUCUUUACAAAUGACAGCUUAAUAAAUAAAAGUAAUUUUGUCGCUUUCGCUAUCAUAUUGCAUCUUUUCUUCAGCAUGGCAGGGUAUUCAUCAAACUCGACUGAAAUAAUGUGCCCUCCAGACGCCAUCGCAAAUCUUACUUAUAAACACGGUGUCGCAGAAUCCCUUGGAUACUCAAGAUCGGAGUUGAUCUAUACCGCCGUUUUUCUGCCCCUUUUAAGUUUCAUCGGCAUCGUCGCCAACAGCGCAUUCCUAUUCGUCGUCCACCGUGUUCCGACGAUGAAAACGAUCACAAACGUUUACCUCGUCAACGUCUCCAUCGCAGAUAUCCUCUUCCUUGCGACUAUUGUGACGUACAAGGUUAUUAAACUUGCGACGUCAGUGGUGGUCAAUGACGUCUCUGGGCUCGGUGCAGCGCUUUCUAUCAUUCUCUUUACAACUGCUAACGUCAUGCGAUUCGCUUCGCUUGGUUUCAUAUCCGCGGUUACGUGGGAACGUUUCUGCGCCGUGUGCCGACCUCAUUCUCGACGUUCGACGAGCACCUAUGCGAUCAUUAUCUCGAUCACCAUCUGGACGAUAGCAUCCGUGCUGUCAGCAACGAUCAUCCCGGCAUACGGGAAGUACAUAACAAUCUGCAUGGUGUGGCCAAAGGGGGAACAGUUUGCAGAUUGGCCAAGUGAGAUCGUUGUCGUCGGUCAGGUUGCUCCUUGGGCUGGGAUGUACAGCAACGUCGUCCAGACAUUUCCAUUCUUCAUCACCUUUGUUGUUAACAUCUACUUCUACGUCCGCAUCAUCCGUGGGCUCGACGCUACCAUGAUGUCCCGUACGUGGGACGGACGGAGGAGCGAAUCGGACGCGGCGCUCCGUGGGCAAACCGUCCGCAUGCUGGUUGUAAAUGGAGUCGCGUACUUCCUCUGCCUCGCGCUCUUCCAGUUCCUAUCCCUCUACAAAACCCUUCUCAUUCUCACAAAGAUUCAGCCCGUCCUGACCCCAAGACAAGGGAAGAUCCUCCUUGAUGUCGCUCGCACCCUGGAGUACAUGAACUCGGUGAUCAACCCCGUGAUCUAUACGGUGAUGAGCAGGCGUUACAAAGAAGCAUUCAAGACUGCAUUCAGUAAGAAGAAACAUCCGACCAAGGCAUCUAGGUCCAGGACUUUGAGUAAUUCAACUCCUGUCACUACUACGCAUUUUCUAAGCAGAAAUCGGGAUACUUCGCUUUGAUGGAGUUUAUAUUCCUUCAAAUAUCA